UGUACUCCAUGUGCCACCCCCAGCCUCACCCCUGCUCCCAGGUUUCUUGCCCUGACUGAUCACCGUUAAGAGCCCAAGCCAGACAGACCUGCUCCCCGCCUGCCACACCGCUCGCCCAGGGAUCUUAGGAAAUCUGCCACUUAGUCUUUUGAGCCUCAGUUUCCUCGGCUUGCAAAACACAGGUAACAAUGCCCACCUCUGAGGGUUACUGUGAAGACUCAGUGAAGUCACAUCUGAAAACAAAGUCCAACCCAACAAGGGGAACGUGGUAUUAGCCUGACUCAUCCUAGCGAAGCUCAUGAGAGGGGAGGCUGCUUUAGAGGUUUCCUCGGGCUGCGGUGCCGGGCUCCAGGCCUGCUGCGGCCUGUUACCAGCGUUCCCCUCCUGCCUCUAUUAAACAGUGACCCGAAACCUGCCUGCGUUGUAAUGAGCCCCAUGUGGCCAAGGAGACCAAUCAUAUUAUUGGCAGUCAGAUGAUGGCUCUGAGAUGACAGUGACGACCGCUCGCGGCCGUCACCCUUCAAGAAACGCAGCACCCAAGAGCUGGAUCCUAGCUCUACGCUGAGGGCACAAACCUCCAGAUCAGGAAACACUAGCUGCAGCAGGCGGGGCCCACGGACUUGAUCAGCCUCCAAGGAGAGUCUGCUCUUGGAAUUCCCUCUGCGACCCCACCUCCCAGCCUGUUUUCUCAGGAGCUCUGCUCCUCAAAGUACAGCCCACCAGCAGUGGCGGUGUCGCCUGGACGCCUGUCAGAAACGCAGUCUCAGGCUCCAGGGCCCUCGGUGACUCUUGUGCACGUCAGAGUUUGAGAAGCACUACAGACGGUUUCGAAGCCUCGAGGCGACGCGGUGCAUGCAGAGCAUCUGCGAGUAUACGGCCCUGGCUGGACUGCGCCUGGGGAGCCAACAGGGAACGACACGCCUGGCGUCCUGAGCUCACAGCACUGACACUGAGGGAGAAGACAGUGGUGGCCAUUUCCCGGGAAGCCUGGAUGCAGCCCUUGCGCCCCACUCCCCGCCCCCCAGAGAGGAACGUGCAGUGUGGCUGCUUGGCCGGGGGGGUCCCCACCGUCGCGAGCCACUCGUGGAUCUCAGGCCUGGCCUUCCCGGACUGGGCCUACAAGGCCGAGUCGUCCCCGGGCUCCCGGCAGACCCAGCUGUGGCACUUCAUCCUGGAGCUGCUGCAGAAGGAAGAGUUCCGCCAUGUCAUCGCCUGGCAGCAGGGAGAGGUCGGGGAGUUUGUCAUCAAGGAUCCAGACGAGGUGGCCCGCCUCUGGGGCCGCAGGAAGUGCAAACCACAGAUGAAUUACGACAAGCUGAGCCGGGCCCUCAGGUAUUACUACAACAAGAAGAUCCUGCACAAGACCAAAGGCAAGAGGUUCACGUACAAGUUCAACUUCAGCAAGGUCCUCGUGGUCAGCUAUCCUCUGUGGGAGGUGCGGGCACCGUCAGCCCCCCGCCUGCUGCUGGGGGCCCCUGCCCUGUUUCAGCCAGCCCUGGUGCACAUGGACGCGCGGGGUGAGUGUGUCCUGGGGAAUGUGUGCCAGGGAGCGCCCAUCCCACCCCACACCUGCUCAUCCUCACGCGGCAGCCCCUGCACUGGGCCAUGGGGCAGCUGCUGGCUGGACAGCGAACCCCCCGCGGGCCACCAGAGGCCUCUGAGGACAAGGAGGGGAGCGGCAGCAGUGCCCACCGUGAGUGCCUGGGACUGGGGAGGCGCAGGAUGUCCUAACCGGACAAGGGGAGCAUUCUCCUAGAGGAGCACGUGGCUGAGGGCGUGACACAAGCCUGGCGAGACAUUUGGUCCUGUCCAACCUGCCACGCCAAAAGAUCCCCGAUACUUGGUCCUGUCCUAACGGUCCAUGGGGACGUUAGGUCCAUGCCAACCCAGCCACCUGGGCCCGUGUGCCAGGAUCAGCUGAGGCAAGAGGGAUCAUUCUAAAGGACCCAUAAAGCAUGAUAGCAUUCUCUAUGUAGUAAUCAAUAAGCCCGAAGCAGAAACGAAUGGUGGGACAUUUUCUAAGCGUGGACGUUUUGGACAGGACCAAAUGUCUGCUAAUCAAGAACAGGGGUAAUAUAAGUCAUGUAUUCAUUCAACAAACAUUGCUUGAAUACCAGCUAUUUACUAGGGUUUGGGGGUUCAGAGAAGAAAGAUGGCCCUCGAGAUGCUCAGAGACUAGUGGGGAGCAGAGAUGGGGAGACAGCGGGUGACCGGUGCUGAGAUUUGGGGAAGCAUACAGGCGCCACCGGGGUACAGAGCAGGAAGUGGGCGGGCUUCCUGGAGGAGGCUGCGCCCAGGCAGGUGGAAGGGACGCCCAGGCAGAGAGCAGCAGCCGUGAGGCACGGGCUGCGAGUGAGUGUCGCACGUCUGAAGAAACUGGUAGCUCCUCACAUCCGUGAGCUGUGUGAUGGGGAGGGGACGAGGCGGAGGGCAACAGAUGAGGCCGGCACGGCAGACAGGGUGCAGUCGGUCACAGGGUCCUCAGAGGCCACGCUGCUGGGGGACUCGAUCCUGAGGGCUGGUUGAGAGCUCCAUGUUACAAAGGUGGCUCGGGUUGAACGUGGAGUUCGGGCUGGAGG